ACACACACACACACACACUCUCUCUCCCUUAUAAAAAAAGCCACUUUAAUUCUCUCUCUCUCUCUCUCUCUCUCACUAGAUUUUGUUAAAAACUCCCUCUUUUUCUCUCUAUAUAUACAAGUCCAUUCCCACUCAUUGCGCCUUAUCAUCUCUCCCUCUUACCAAAAGUCAGCGCCUUGUUUUGUCUUUCUCUCUCUUCUCUGAAAAGAGGAGAAGAAACAGCAGGUACACACACUGCAGGCUUUGUCUCUACGGUUAUGGAGGAAGAUUGGGAUCUACAUGCGGUGGUUAGAGGCUGCUCCACCGUUACCUCAACCACUACUUCCUCUGUCUCUUCUUCUUCGUCGUCAGGCUUUGCCUCUUCUUACUUCCAUCCUGAAGCAUCCUCUGGAUUCUCCACCAUCUUUGAUGGACCCCAUGUUUUGUCCCUUUCUCCACACCCCUUUGAAGCAAGGAGUUCCAUUGAGGAGUUGCAUGAGCUUUGCAAGCCUUUCUUCUCUUCCAAAUCACAGUCUCUCUCCUUGCAAGCUUCUUCUCCCUUGUCCUCAUUCUCUUAUUCCUCCGCUCCACCCAAAUCAGCUCCUGCACAAGAGAAACAACACCAGCGGAACAAGCAGCCACAUACAAGUGGUUCUGCCAGCACCCCACGAUCUAAAAGAAGGAAGAACCAGCUUAAGAAAGUUUGCCAAGUGCCAGUUGAGAAUCUCUCCUCAGACAUAUGGGCGUGGAGGAAAUAUGGACAGAAACCCAUAAAAGGGUCACCAUAUCCUAGGGGAUACUAUAGAUGUAGCAGCUCAAAAGGGUGUUUGGCAAGGAAACAGGUUGAGAGGAACAGAUCAGACCCAACAAUGUUUAUUGUCACUUACACAGCUGAACACAACCACCCUGCUCCUACUCACAGAAACUCUCUUGCUGGCUCCACCCGCCAGAAGCCUCAAGCUGCUACCACCAUAGACUCUGACAAGACUCUUACUAAACCCACUUCUCCAGCCACCUCAGUGGCUGAGGAAGAGGUUCCAACUCAGGGAGAGAAGUCAGAGAGCAGAGAAGAGAAGGAGGAUGUGAUGGAUGAUGAGGAAGGAGAUGAUGAAUUUGGAUUGUCUGAUAUGGUUCUCACAGAUGAUUUCUUUGAAAGUUUAGAUGAACUAAGUCAACUCACCGGUCCUUCUGUAGUCUCUGGAGAUUGCUUCAGUGAUCCCUUUUCAUCUAUUGCAUUUCCUGCUUGGGUGGCCAGUGGUGCUGCCACUGCUGGUGGAUGUAGCUGAUUCUUUAGUAGAAAUCAUCACAAGUGACAUUUGCUUCAUGCUUUUUUUUCAUUGGAGAGAAUAGGAACCUUUUUUUAUUUUGUUUUGUUUCUUUUUGUUUGUAGAGGAAUUGGAACAUUUUGGAGGAAUCUUUGCUAACAAUGCUUUGUGAAGGGGAAGGAAAGUUCUUCCCAAGUAUAGUAGGGAUUAGUAAGGUAGAUUAUUAAGCAUUUAUAUGAUACCAAUCUUGUUAAAAAUUAAUGAUUAUUAGGCAUUUAUGGUUUUAUAUCAUACCUCCGUUAAUGUAAAAUCGUUUUAUUUU